UUUGCCUUGAUAACACCUAAAUUUUAAAACGCUUUCUUAGUCUUCUUCGCCAUUUCUGGAUUUCUCCUUACGAUAAAAAAAUUUUACAACUUUUAUUUAGUCUUCUUCGCCAUCUUUAGAUUUCUCCUUGUUCGUUUUUUAUCACCAUCUCCAAACCAAGAAAGGUUGAUCUCAAAUUAUUCGGGAAAAAAAAAGACUGCAAGAUGAGAGAGAAACCGGGCAAGAAAGAAAGCAAAUUGAGCAAAUGCCUGAAAUUACCCAUUAGGAUUCUGACCAGGGCCAGGGAUUUCUACAUAAAGAGCAUCACCGAAUACUCCGACCGGAUUGGUCACGGCACCGCCAUGGGCUGCCCAACCGGCCAUCUCAAUACUCUGCCUCGGAGCUUCAGCGUCAGCUCAACAAAAUCAACCACCGGUGAUGAAGACUUGAGGGAGCUAAUCAGGGCAGCCUCCAUCAGGAGUUUAGGAAACAAGAUUCAGGCAGACCUUCUCCAGCAACAGCAGGGGGGACAAUCCACCAAAACUGGUCCUUAUAUUGUUCUCAGGAAUCAGAGCAUCGGGAUUGGGAGAAUUGAUGAAGACAAGCCCUGUGAGUUUGGAGAAGAUAUUAAUGUUCAGAGCACUAUCUUCCCAAGAAGCUUGAGCUAUGCUGCUGUUGGUAAGAAGAAAGGUACAGUUUUAUGAACAGAAGCUACACAGGCCUCUGAUUUUACCUCUUAGACUCUGCUUUGUCAAUUCUUAUAGUAUGUCCUUUCGGUUGUUUCUUGGUUGUACUAUAGAAUGUUUGAUACUACGUACUUCAAUUAUCCAAUGUUUUUCUCACAUUGAACUGUGGAUAUGUAUUUGUCUUCUUCUGUUUGGAUUCUGGUAUUUGAAUUUUGAUUGUAAACAAAGAAACGUUACUUGGCAUCCAUAAGUUGUGUUUGGUUACAUGGAAAAUAAAGCUUCACCAGAAUC